AUGUACCGAUACACGAACAUCUCCCAACCCUUUGAUCAACGCCCGCCCCAUGGUGGAAUAAAUUGGGUUGAAAUCCCAGCAGUCGAUGUUGCGGCCUCCAAGUCGCUCUUUCCGGCAUGGAAGUUUGGAAAUGGAGCCAGAAAUCCCGAAGAGUUUAUCAGCUUGUUCAAGAUCGAAGAACCAUCAUGUCUGACUAGCGAACCAGACAUGGAAGGCGCAAUCAUCAAAGUCAAUCCAAACACCCUCACUGCCAGCAACAAUUCACAGACAAACAACAUUGGCAUGGUGAUGCAUGCUAAAAUCCUUGAUCUUGGUGGAGAGGUGUGCCUCGAAAAGACCGACGCGCGUGGUGAUGGCUGGUAUGCGAAAUAUUUGGACAUUGCCGGUAAUGUCUUUUGCAUCUACGAGGUGGCAUUUAAGGCGUAG